CAUACUCACAUUUUGAUCACAGGACAGGGGGGUUCGCCUCACCGCUUAUUGAUAAGUGACAUUGAAACCUAUUUUCAUAAGUGACAUUCGACGAGGGUGGAUUUUUCCCGAACAGCUCCUCGAAUUAAACGAUUUCGGUAGAAACACGGGAAAGCUUUGUAUUAAUUAGCAAAUUUGUUUCUCAUUCAUAAGUUUUGUACGCGCUAAGUUUCCCGUCUCAGCUGUGUUUGUGUGCAGUGUUCGGUUUUGACAGUGGGCAUAACUUGUGUGAAUAGGAUUUCAUAGAUGAUGAGCGACACACUGACUAUUUUUGUCAGUUAUUUUGACAAGAAUUGCCAAGAUGAUAAAUUUUUCUGAUACUAUGCGAUUUAAGCGACAAACUGUCUGAAUGAAAUCAUCAUGGAGAAAAAGAAAAUCUUCAACGCUAUGGUUGCAAUUCUAUUCGUGACAGUCAUCCUGCCGUCUCAAGUGAGCGCUCGUAGAGGUCGUGGUAGGGGUCGUACAAAAAGCAAGGUUCAAAUUGGGCUACCAGUCACAGGGAAAUACAGAGACCCCGAGUCAGACCAGUACUACAAUAAUAAUAACGGAGCUAAAAUCAUAAUGGCUUCGCAUUUUGAUUAUGAAUACGUACUUGGACACAAGAUUGCAUUUCUGUGCACAGCCCGAGGGAAUCCUAGACCUCAAAUUACGUGGUACAAAGAUGGUAUUGAGAUCUAUUCACAUCUUUAUCUUCAUGUGCAUGAAUGGAAAAUGGAAGAAACGAUAAAAUCAAAACUGGAAAUUGAUCCAGCAACACAAAUGGAUGCAGGAGUUUACGAAUGCUAUGCAGAUAAUAUGUACAGCAUUGACAGAAGAAGUUUUAAAACAGAUUUCAGUAUUGUAUUUGACUAAACAUGCGUAGUCCAUACUCAAACCAACGAAAUAAUGUGAAUAAAUUUUUUUAGCGUGAUUGUAA